AGUUAGCAGCUGAUGAAGUUAGAAUGUAGUGUUUGCUGGAAGCAGUCUGUGAAUCUGUUGAGGCCUGUUGCUCUAUGGAAGUGGUUGCUAGCCUUGGGACCCCAGAAGUUCUUGGACAACAAUUCCCAGAAAUCCUGGCCCGCCCAGACAGUGGUGAAGGCCAGUUGAUUGGGGAAAACAGGGUUGUCUACUUUGGGAAGACUUGCUCAAUUCUGCUCUGAUAUGCCAUGGCGAGUUGCAGAGGUGCUUUUAGGAAUCUCAAUGUUUGGCUUGGACUCUUGGAGAAGUCUCCGUACAAACUCUGUGCACCCUGGAAGCGGGUUCUUUGUUCUGCAAGCCAAGAGCCAAUGACUGCAGUUGUCCCCAAACACUUCUCCAUCUCCCCCAUUAAACACUAUGUAUUUUUAAUACCUUUGCCCCAAAAUAUUCUGAGGAUUUUUGUUCGACUUAAAAGUGACAAAAGGUCUCAGAAGAGGAUGAAACAAACUGUGCAAGAAGAAAGUGAGGACGAGGAGGAGGAGGAAGAAAAGGAAGAAGGAAAUAGUUCAGAAGAUGAGUUUGAAGAUGACUCUGCUGUAGUGAAAGAUUACAAAGAUCUUGAAAAAGUAGUGCCCUCUUUUCGGUUUGAUCUGAUCAUGAAAACUGGUCUAGAUAUUGCAAGGCACAAAGUGGAAGAUGCCUUCUACAAUGGUACACUCAGGCUGAACGGAGAGAAACUAUGGAAGAAAAGCCGAGCGGUAAAGGUUGGUGAUACAUUGGAUCUCAUAAUUGGAGAGGAUAAAGAAACAGAAACUGCUGUAGUUAUGAGGAUUGUCUUAAAGAAAGCCUCAGAGAAGAAUGAGAACGAUAAAUACAAAGUGGUAUUGAGGCGGUGGAAGAACCUAAAGGUGCCCAAGCAGGAUGUAUUUAAGUGAACUAGGAUUUGCAUGUGGUGGUAGUUUCCCUGUGAACAUCCAUUUUUGUUACAUAGUACAUGAAUUUUGGUUAAACAAAAUCCUCAAACCCUUUUUAAUAAUUUCAGUUGGCAACUUCUGUACUGAUAACAUUAGUAAACUGUUCCUGUGAGAUUCCGUUUCUGCUUUUUCAUUCUGAGAAGGAAGAACAAUGUUUCUACAGAAGACAUAACGAUGGAAUAAAAGGGAAAGCGACUCAA